AUGGCCCAAUUCUAUAAUCAGUUUUUCAAUCCGAACAUUUGUCAUGUUUGCAAGAAAGUAGACAAAGGUAAUUUCUUAUCAUGUGAUUGGUGCGGCUUGAUAUCUUAUUGUAGCAAGGAACAUAAAACACAUCACCAUAUAGAACAUAGCUUAACCUGCGCCGUUACUACACAGUUUUUGGAAAUAAGACCACAAAAAGACACGCGCAGGUUUAACGACUGGCAACAAUGGAUUCAUUCUAGGAAAGAAUUAUUAAAAUUAGUCCAAAAUAAUAUUGGCUAUACAUUGGAUCCGUACGAGAAGCAGGCGAUCUUGUGGUCAAAAUCGUGUUGUGUGUGUCACCAACAGGCUGAAUUGAAGACGUGCGAAAGAUGCUUUUCCGUUAACUACUGCAAUGGGCAUAAGAAAGCUUUUCGGGCAAGACAUUGGGGCAGCAAUUGCGAUGAUUCAGUACUAUUGCUGAAUAUAAAUAUCGAGGCUAUCUCCGGUAGAACAAGUAAUAUGUCGUACGGAUUUCUCCAGUCUAUUAAUGAAGGUAGUAAAUUUGAAGCGAUGCUUGAAUUAUGUCUAGAGUUUGUAAUAUCGCAGAGAAAGAAUCAUACAGAUUGGCUCGCUAAAGACUACGUUCGGUCUGAUUAUCUUUCAGAUCCACUGUCAAUUUAUUCUGGAUUCAAAAGAAUAGAUUUCUUAGAAAUUAUAAAAGAACCGCUUGUUAUCAUUCAUAUUAUAGGCGCAAGUUCCGUAGAUAAAAACGGUCUACCGGCUUGGGAAAUUUUAUUACAUCUUGUACCUGAAAUUCAGCGACUAGUAAUUGUACUGAUAAAUCCAAAAUUGGAAGACAGUUUUAUACGUCAAGAUCUUUGUAAUCAUUGUAACGAAAAGAAAAAGUAUCUUUGUUUUGUAUUAUGUCCUAUGUUAUACCACGACUUUAUAUCAUCGGAUUGGGUAUAUAAGGAACCAACUUUAAUUGUAGGAUUUAAUGUAACAUUUGAUAAGGAAAGGACUUGGAACGAAUCUUUAAAAGCAAUGCAGAACAGAAACUGUCCCUUAGUUUUAGGUUAUUCGAGGAUAUUAAAAUGCGAUAAGAAUAUAUAUAAAAUAGUGGAAAUUCUGAAGGGAGAUAUAUUUCCUUUUGGUUUCCGUCAAAAUUAUUUUAAGGGUCUUGCACCACAUAGAGACUUAGAAACUGGCGAUAUACGUUAUCGAAAUGAAGAAUUAGUUAUUUACAAGGAUUUAAAUGUUCACCAUUUCAUCUCCUGA